CUCCUCUGAAGUGGAUGAAAGUUAUUCACGACGUCACACCAGGAGUGCAACAUCGGCAACACUUGAGGAUUAUAAAGGUGCUUUAUAAAAAAAAAAAAGUAAGAUUUUUUUUUUCUCUGGAAGUAACUUUCACGUUGCAUGAUGGACCCUGACAAGUCUGCGAGCGCCCCUCCAACGAACUGGACUGGUGAGAAGUCCUCCAUGGGUCAGGCUGCCCCUCCGCCAUACCAGGACAAUCCACACCCAUGGCACCCGCAGCCUGGCCAGGGAUACCCGCCCCAGCCUCAGGGUUAUGCAACCCCGCCCCAGCAGUAUGGAGGCCCAGGAUAUGGACCACAGCCUUUCCCUGUGGGUCAGCCGUACCCAGGCCAGCCGGCCAGCAUCAUUGUCCAGCCCACGCAGUAUGUGACCCCGACCCCGCUGCAGCACCCUGUCAAUGACUACCUGUGCUACUCCGUCUUCACUAUGAUCUGCUGCUGCCUGCCGCUGGGAGUUGCUGCUCUAAUCUAUUCUAUCUCGGCUCGUGAGGCCAACAUUGUUGGUGACCGGAUAACAGCCGAGCGGAGCAGCAGGACGUCCCGUACGCUUAACCACGUGGCCCUAGGAAUCGGGAUCGGGGUCUUCAUCCUCACCAUUGUCUACGUAGUGGUGAUGACAUCAAUGCUUUACUAAUAAUUAAGACCACAUGAACAACAUCACCAACCAUCAGGUAGAAAUUUAACUUGAAAACAAUUGGAACCCUAAAGUCACCUGAAGAUCCUUAACGUUAGACAGGAAGUGUUUUUCGACACUUUUUUGAUGGCAAAGCACUUAAACUUCAUAUCCCAUCAGCGUACUUUGAGGUUGUGAGUUUCUCAGUAAUGACGAAUCAUUUUGAUUUGUAAAAUAAUUUCCAACUAUGUAGUUUUAAAACCUGAGUCUGGGUUCAACACACUCAACACCACCUGCAGGGAUCAAGUGUUAUCCAAAGAGUUUUAUAUUUUGGAAAAUAGCAAAUAAUACAAUCCAGUUUAUAAUUUUCAGGGAAGUUCAGUUAUUCAGUUCUGCAACUGAAUGAGAUUUAUCAGAUUGUACAAUGGUAGACAUUUUCCUUCCCUUUAAAAUAAAUAUGUAAAUACGCACUAACAUCCCUUUAUACUCUAAAAGUAUAACAAGAAAAAUACAAAGUAUAAAAAAGUAACAAAUAUACCCCCUAAGGGAGACUUAGCUGAGUUUAGUUGAAGAAGGAGAAAUAGUCAGAGUGAGCCUGUUUGUCGUCAAAGUGUAUCUUGAUGUGAGUUGCAUGCUUCAGCAGUCCUCUUUUCACUGCAGCUGAAUACAAUCUGUCACUUUCUUUAAAGCAGCAGUCUGUUAUCUAUCACUGUUCCAUGUAAGAUCUGUGUUGACCAUAUCUGAAAACAACACGUUUUACUGCAUAUCAAAUUUCUAUAUAAAUAAACUUUAUUAAGUGAUAAACAACA